GAGAGAGAGGGGGAGUGGAAGGGAGGAGAGCUCCUUUCACUAAUCCAGAAGCUGCUUCCCUGGAGUGUGAUCUGAGGCUCCAACAUCCCCUGCUGUGUUCUCAGCCCUGAGGCUGAGCCAAGGUCACCUAGCAGGAUGAGAACCUCAAUGUGUUGGCAGCUGCUACUGUUCCUCUCUGUAUUCCCAUUUGGAGAGACUUUAGACAAGUUUGCUCCUGUUGGGAACCCUGGAUUCACAGGUCAGCGGGGUUGGCUCCUGGCCCACCUGGUUCCCUGGGGACGGAGACCCCGGUGCUCUGAGAAACCAGAACAAACAGUACAGACUCAGAGACUGGCGCUACUCUGUCCCUCAAAUGAGACCCCUGACCCGCUGUGGCCAGGUCUGUGCUCCACUCGCAGCCGAUUGAUCCCUGCAUCCCAAGGCGCACUGCUGGUGGAGCGGGAGAAAGACCUAUCAGCCUACAAUUGGAACUCCUUCGGCCUGCGUUAUGGAAAGCGACAGACGAGGAUGGGGAAGGCCCGGGCUAAGGCCUGAGGGAGACCCUGUGUGUCCUGGGAUUUAAAACGAAAUUCAAGCAAGGGGGGUGGGCUCUUUGGGGUAGGGAGAAGGGAAGGGAAGGGGAAAAGUUCACUGUCCUAAGGAGAUAAAAGAAAUUAUAUCAAUUCCUUCUUAUGAGCUUUGUGGCUCAUUCCAUUGUUAUUUAGUCAUUUUUCUGUUGCGUCUGACUCUUCAGGGUUC